CACGCACGCUCGCUCACUCACUCACACACCCGCGCCGCCUCUCUCUCUGACACAGACUCUCUACUUAGUGCGUUGGAGAGAGGACUGAGGCUCACACUAUCAGCGCAGCUUCUCAAUGGGGGGACGCGGCCAAGAGCAGACAGAGCAGUCAUUCCACUGGAGCCUUCCGCCGCGCGCGUGAGGAGGAGACGACCGGUCGGAGGUGUGUGUGUGUGUGUGCGUGUGCGCCUGUGUGCGUGUUUGUGGGCGCGUGCAAAUUAGCUCCCUGUCAUCACAGACAUAGGAGUGUACUGACGGAGGCUGCGAGCAGGAGAAGGGACGACAGCUCUCGCUCGCGUGUGGCUGAUGGAGCAGUGACAUGAUCAGCCUCCCGUCCGUCCCAUCCCGGCCAGUGUGUGACUUAGACCCCUGGGUGUUUUGCUUCUGGUGACUGUUUUCCACGGAUUUCACGAGGGGCUGAGCAGCAGCAGGGGGGUGUUCCAGAGAAGAGAAUAUUGACGAAGAAGAAGAAGGAGAAGAAGGAGAAGAAGAAGAAGAAGGAGAAGAAGAGGAAGAAGAAGAGAAUUUCGGUCCCCCCCACCCCUUUUUUUUUUGUGGCGUGUUGCGCUUAUCUGGUGCUGGAAUUUCAGGCGGGAAUCCCUGGCUUCGAAGUAUGGAUGGAUUUAGGGCAGAGGAGUGAGUCUGCUGGGCAGACAGGCAGCCUGUGAUUCUGAGUGAACCCCUUUCCUCCUGAACACACCGCUCAGACCCGGCCUCACCAUGUCCUGGUUGCUGGCCGUGUGGAUUAGCCUCGGCUUCCUGCUGUUGUGCCAGGCCACGCUCUACCAGACCAUCCAGCAGCACCAUGUGGCCCGGCCCGGCCGCACCGACAUCCUCACCCUGGAGGGAGGUACGUGUGAGGUGAUCGCUGCCCACCGAUGCUGUAACAAGAAUCGCAUUGAGGAGCGUUCCCAGACAGUCAAGUGCUCCUGUUUACCGGGGAAAGUUGCCGGGACGACACGCAACAAACCCUCCUGUGUGGAUGCGUCCAUUGUAAUUGGGAAAUGGUGGUGUGAGAUGGAACCGUGUCUGGAGGGAGAGGAGUGUAAGACUCUGCCUGACAACUCUGGAUGGAUGUGCUCCUCCGGGAACAAAAUCAAGACCACAAGAAACACCCAGCCAUACUCCCCUUUUUAGCUUCCGGAAGCAAAAUGCAGAGGAUGCGUCAACAGAAAUUGAGCUGCAUUCUUGCUUCUGUAAAGAUUCAUCCCAGGACCUAACAGAGAGCUCCCAUCGCAGGGCUGCGUGCCAGGCUCUUCCCCUCUCCUCAUCUACCCACUUUUCUCCUCCCACCGAACCGGACUAAAACUAUUACAUCUGCGGCGACUGACUGGAUUACCUGGGACCACAGAAAGGAUAUCCACCCAGAUAAAAACAGCUUUGCUCGUGUGGUGCCAAGGAUUUGAAACCAGACUAAUCCCCUGUUUGAUCAAUGAGCCCCAUGUUGGUGACUCUCCUCUUCCACACAGCUGCGGCCAGUUUCCGACCUGCUCUCUCUCUCAUUCUCUUUCUCUCUCUCUAUCUAUCUCUCUCUCUUUCUUUCUCUGGUCCUACUCCACCCCCCCACCCCCCUCAGAAACUGAAACAGCUUAGCAGGGGUUAUUUAGAGGUUGUUAAAACAUUAUUCGACAGACAUUCGGCCCCGCCUGAAGGUAAACCAGUUGAGAGGGGCUUUCAUGGACCUGAACUUUAACAUGGAAGUGGAAGGGGGGAAAUUACCCUGAUGUCCUUUUCUUUCUGUGUGGAAGGCGUUCGUAUUUGACUCGGCCUGCUGAGAGGACACGGAGGAGAUUCGGUUGACAAACACUGGAUCUGCAGUGACGGAGACCAUGAGCAGCCUGUAAUGAGUUCACGGAGAACCUUGGAGGGGCUUUCAGGUCUGUCCUCGAGGACACUUUGACUUUUAUUUCGAGGACAUGCCCGAUGUAAAUUCCUGAGCACUUCUUUUCUUUGUAUGUAAGAUAAUUUGUGUAUAUAUACAUAUAUAAAUACAUUACAUAUAAGAUGACAGAUCCGAGACACUGAAAAAUAUAUUUAAGAAUCUAUUAGGCGCUUGAGCCCCAUGGUGGAAUAUUGAUCAGCCACUGAGUAUAACUUAUCCAGAGGCUGCAGCCCCCCGGUAUAUGGUGUGCGUAGGACUGCUACGAGACAGUCAUAAAAUAAUAAGUAUUGGUCACUUUCGUCAUUCAGCAGCGUCCUUGGUUAAGCCAGAGGAUGCUUGUAGUUUCUGUAAAGAUGAGGAAAACACUGUACAGAACUGCCUCACAAAAGAAAGCCGCACUAACAACGACCCCUGAGCUUUCCACUCGGUUACAGUCGGGACACAGCGCAGCAGCAGCAGACACUCGGACCAUAAUCGGACAGUUAGUCACGGGCGACUGCUUUGACUGUGUUUCUUGUGCAGAUCUCCCUCCAACACACCAGAGAGAGAUGAUUUAUUCAGAAUGACAGUGAGAAAGUAUUAGUCACCACGGAGAAACAUACAGUUAUCCCCCAGUAGAUAAAAGUACAUUACAGGACAGCCUUAUGAGAAAUAAAAAUGGUUUUCUAUACUGAUACACUGUCUCUCACUCCUUGGUAUUGCAACCGAUACUUUUUUGAAAAAUGUUCCUCUUAUGACAAUUUGAUAUGUUGUAAUAUGUGGGUGGAAGAUCUUGUCAGAGUUUCAUUUAUAUGAUGUGUUAACAUUGUGAAGUCUCUGCUUGAGUAAACAAGCAAUCAGCGACAGCAUAAGGCAUUGUGAGAAUGACUUACGGGCACAGACGCGCACACACACACAGACUCGCACAGACAAGCAUGCAGGAAACACACAAACAAAUCUGUGAUACUUCAUUUACACUAUUCCCUCGUGGCAGAGAGGAUUUAUCAGAACAGCACAUUCAAUUCAUUCAUGCAAUUAGAAUAAAUAUUUCCAAUAUCGUGCCAGGCAAAAUUCCAGAUGAUUUUCAAUAUCAAGCUCCUCUCUCGGCUGAUAUGAGAUUCGUCUCUUCUCCCAGUGGACGCACUAGUGUACAUUCAUCAUUUAGGAAUUUGGCUAGUUUCGUGGAGCCCGGCGCCUCGCUGAGCAGUCACAGAAGGUACGAAAAAGACAGACACAUCAAUCUCCCAGCGGUCUUGCCAGAAUCUAGAAGGAAUAUGCAAAAGGAGAGGGAGCGUGUUUUUUCCUCCUCAAUGAGCCGUUCUCUUCUUUGUUUUCUUAUGUCUAAUAGGAUUCACUGUCCUGCAGUCUUAUUGAGCCUGUGCGUACAAAAAAGAA